GCAGUCAAUAAAAACCAGCAUAGGUUCAGGAAAAUCUUUGCCAUCUACUGUCAGCCAGUCAUGAGGUCUCUGAUCUUUGCUCUGCUCCUUGGAGCUGUGUUUGCAGCAGAGGAUGAUAAAAUUGUUGGAGGGUACGAGUGCACGCCUCAUUCUCAGCCCCAUCAAGUGUCUCUGAACUCUGGCUACCACUUCUGUGGAGGCUCCCUGGUCAAUGAGAACUGGGUGGUGUCUGCUGCUCACUGCUACAAAUCCAAAAUGGACAUCGUCCUCGGUGACCACAACCGCUGGUUCAUGGAUGGUAAUGAACAGAUCAUUCCUGCAGCCCGUGUAAUCCCUCACCCCAACUACGAGUCCUGGCUGAUUAACAACGACAUCAUGCUGAUCAAGCUGAGCGAGCCCGCCACCAUCAACCAGUAUGUGCAGCCUGUGGCUCUGCCCACCAGCUGUGCCCCUGCUGGCACCAUGUGCACAGUAUCUGGAUGGGGUGUGACCAUGAGCUCCUCUGCUGACAGUAACAGGCUGCAGUGUCUGGACAUCCCCAUCCUGUCUGAUGAGGACUGUGAUAACUCCUACCCUGGGAUGAUCACUGAGGCCAUGUUCUGUGCUGGAUACCUGGAGGGAGGCAAGGACUCCUGCCAGGGUGACUCUGGUGGUCCUGUUGUGUGUAACGGGGAGCUGCAGGGUGUUGUGUCCUGGGGCUUUGGGUGUGCAGAGAAGAACCACCCUGGUGUCUAUGCUAAGACCUGCAUUUUCACAGACUGGCUGCAGAGUACCAUGGCUACUUACUGAGCUCGGUUCAAUCUCACCUCUGCCACAGCUGUCCCCACACUGCAAAAUCCAGACUCAAUGAAACUCUUGCUUGUUGAAAUGGAGAUUGAAAAUAAAAUAAAUCUAACACCCAAAA